AUGAGGCAGAGGGUCCAUGCGAUUCUCUGGUUGAAGGAGCUUGAGGAGGAAGAGGAGAAAAAGCUUGGUCACCCGUUGGAUGAUUCUGUUGAGCUUUUGCUUGAUGCUUGCCCUGAGGUUAUAGAAACCAGGUUCAAGAGAAAACCCGAUACCAAGGAAUCAGAUCAUCAGAAUGGGUCAGCACUCUGGUUAAAGGGUAGCUUUAUGGAGGAGAACAAGAAGUCCCCAAUUUCUAGUUCAUAUCUGAUGUACAUUUCCGAACGUUUAGUUUCCUCUUCAAAAGAGUCCCAAUUGGGAGAUCAGAACCCUUUCGUGGUCUCUUACCUCAUCAGCUCAUGUGGGUUCUCACCCGGAGCUGCCAUCUCUGCAUCCAAGAAGAUUGUUUUUGAAUCCUCUGAUAAACUAGACUCUGUUCUUACCCUCUUCAGAAGCCAUGGAUUCACUAAACCACAGAUUUCGAGUCUCAUAAGAAAGUAUCCAUCAUUGCUCAUUGCCAGUGCUACAAAGACCCUUCUCCCUAAACUUCAAUUCUUCCAUUCGGUUGGCGUUUCGAACGCUAACAUUGCCAAAAUUCUCGCCAAAUAUCCAAGACCUUCCUUCUAUAGCUUAGAAAACAAAAUCAUUCCUGUGUUCAAUUUCUUCAAGAGUUUAGUUGGGACUGUGGAGAAUGUUGUUAUUGUUCUAAAACGUGAAUCUCGUCUCAUCAAUUGUGAUAUAGAGAAUGUGGCUCGAAAUAUUGCAAUCUUGAGAGAAAAUGGUGUACCGGAGACUAAAAUCAUGAGUUUACUAACUUACUUUCCCUGCACGAUGACACAUGAACAUGAUCGGUUCAAACAGAUGGCUGAGGAGAUUAAGAAAAUGGGUAUCGAACCUUCAAAAUACUUGUUUGUAAUUGCUCUAUAUGUGUUAACAUCAGUGAACAUAUCGACACAGAAGCAGAAAUUCGAGGCUUACAGAAAGUGGGGUUUUUAUGAGGAUGAGCUGCUCAUGGCAUUUAGAAGGUACCCUUGGUUUAUAAAAUGAUCUGAGAAGAAGAUAGCGAGGCAUAUGGAUUUCUUUAUUAACAAAAUGGGUUGGGAAAUGUCGGUUAUCAUCACGUAUCCACAACUUCUAGGGCUUAGCUUUGAGAAGAGGAUUAUUCCAGGGUGUUCAGUUUUACGAGUGUUGAUAUUGAAAGGUUUG